UCGGCAAUACACGGGUUGGAGAGGUCGAGGCCAACGAAAGGCACAGAGCGAACUCUACAGUUUGUGCAGCAGAUGACGACUUUAGAAAGGGGCCCUUCUGAGGUUGACUGCACGUGGAAGGCAAAUUUAGCUGAAGAGCUGGACACGUUUACACAAACAAGUAAAACAAAGUUUCAGGGGUUUGCAGACGAGAUCAACCAAAGAGCACAAUAUGUAAUGGCUGCAGAAGCAAAGCUGCGUGAAGAAACAAAACGUCAACAUCAAGAGAUCGAAGAAAAAGGAAGAAGGGUAGACGACGAGAUAAGAGAAAAGCAACAACGUCUAGAAGAUGAAAAGAAAUCUAUGGAGAACGUUUACAAAUUUCAGUGUGGCAAAGUCAAACUAGAUGUGGGAGGCCACAAGUUCACCACAUCUCUCACAACACUGAAGAGUCAGCCAGACUCUAUGCUAGCAGUUAUGUUUAGUGGACGUCAUCAACUCGCGACUGAUGAAGAUGGAGCUUAUUUUAUUGAUAGAGAUGGUACACAUUACAGGCAUAUUCUCAAUUACUUAAGAGAUGAUACCAAUCUUGAGGAGACUCUUCCACAAACAAAAAGAGAGCAACUUGAGCUUCUCAAAGAGGCUCAAUACUGUCAACUGAAUAAACUUGAAACCAAAAUUAAGAUGAUGAUGUUGCCACGUGUUACUCAAGAGCAGUUGAAUACGGUUUUUUGGGGCAACCAAUAUAACCGGCCGAUCCAACCUGUCUACCAACCACGCAGGCGUUUCCAGCGUUCCUGGAAUAGUUUCAUAUCUGAUGGUGGGUGUGCCCAGAAUAGUUUCAUAUCUGAUGGUGGACACCAAAUAGCGACAGCAAGACUAGCCAGUCAGUCAUUGUCAUAUGAAGAGCGUGAUUUAUCUGAAUUAAACUUUUCAAACACACACUUUUCUUGUGCUGGAAUUUCCUUCAAAAGAUCAUGUUUGCGACAAGCAAACUUCUCUGGGUGCUGCUUUGAACCUCGUUACCCAGUUGACUUUUCUGGUACUGAUCUAUCAGAAGCUGACUUUCAACGUUGCGCAGGUCUCAUCACAGGAGGAGUCAAUUUCGAAGGGGCCAUAUUGGAUAACGCAAAGUUUGAUGAUGGUGUGGAACAAAAAUUGCUUGCAAAACUACAGUCUGAAGACAAAUAA